UCUAAAACAAGAAGAAAUCAUGUCAUCGACUAUGCAUUUUUCCCUAUUGUUCUUCAUUUGUUGUUGUCCUUGCUUUUCCCUACCAGGGCUUUCCCUACCAAAAGGGCCCUCCCUCCCCUCCCUACCAAAAGUUGUUCCCCUACCAAAAGGAUCAUCCCCAUCAAAAGGGCCCUCCCCACCAAAAGGGCCUUCGGAUCCUAAUUCCCUCUACAAAUCCUUUCUCGAAUGCCUUCCAACAUCAUCCCCUCAACCUGACAAAACAUUCUCUUCAGUCGUUUACAGCUCCGCCGCUAACUCCUCCGCCUAUACCAAAGUUCUAAUGGACCACGUCAAAAACUUUCGUUACAAUGCCACCUCCACACCUAAGCCUGCCAUCAUCAUCACUCCAAAUAAAGAAACUCAUGUACAAGCUGCCGUCAUCUGCGCCAAGAAACUCAAUAUCCAGAUUAGGAUUCGUAGCGGAGGACAUGAUUAUGAAGGAGUCUCCUACACCUCGUCUGAAAAAACACAGUUCAUGAUAAUUGAUAUGUUUAAUCUUCGUGCAGUUGAUGUUAAUGUCGCCAAGGAAACUGCGGUGGUCCAAGCCGGAGCUCAAUUGGGUGAUCUGUAUUAUCGGAUUUGGGAAAAGAGUAAGGUGCAUGGGUUCCCGGCCGGAGCAUGUCCGACAGUCGGUGUUGGUGGACAUAUAAGCGGCGGUGGUUAUGGCACCAUGAUUCGAAAAUACGGGUUGACUGUUGAUCAUGUGAUUGAUGCCAAGAUCGUCGAUGUUAAAGGUCGGCUUUUGGAUCGGAAAGGAAUGGGUGAGGAUCUUUUUUGGGCCAUACGCGGCGGGGGUGGUUCCAGUUUUGGUGUCAUAUUGUCCUUCACCGUGAAACUAGUUCCGGUGCCGAAGGUUACUACUGUUUUCAAGGUAACGAAAAAGGUGGAAGAAAAGGCAGUAGACAUCCUUUUUAAAUGGCAGUCGGUUAUGUCUACAAUCGACCCAGAUUUGUUUAUUAGAGUUUUACUACAGCCGACGAAGGAGAAAAACAAGAGCACUGCCCAGGCUACAUUUAUGGCCCUUUUCUUGGGUGAUUCCACCAGGUUGUUGGGUUUAAUGGGUAAAAGCUUCCCGGAACUAGGAUUAAAGAAACAAGAUUGCUUCGAAGUAAGUUGGAUUCAAUCCACUCUUUUUUGGUCAAACUUCGAUUACAACAAGACAAAGUUAGAUAUCCUCAUCGAUCGGCACACUGAUGUUGUUAAGUUUUUGAAACGAAAGUCUGAUUACGUACAAACCGCUAUACCAACGACAGGAUUAACGUCCAUAUUCAACAAGUUGGGUGAACUUGGUAAAAUUGGUCUGGUUUUCAACCCGUACGGUGGGAAAAUGAAUGAAAUUCCGGCAAACGCAACUCCAUUUCCUCACCGUGCCGGAAACCUAUUCAAGGUGCAGUAUUCAUUGAGUUGGAUUAACGGUAAUCCGAAAGAAACCGAAGACAACAUGAAUCAGUCUAGGGUUAUGUAUGAUUUCAUGACUAAUUAUGUAGCGAAGAAUCCAAGAAGCGCGUUUGUGAAUUACAGAGAUUUAGAUAUUGGUGUGAAUAAAGGUGAUGGGCUUACCUCUGCCAAGGUUUAUGGGGAGAAAUAUUUCAAGAAUAAUUUUGAUAGAUUGGUGAAGGUGAAGACAGCUGUCGACCCUGAAAAUUUCUUCAGGAAUGAACAGAGUAUCCCUAUUCAACCUGGAAAGAAGGGAAAACACAACGAUGUGUCCAUGAUUGACGAUUAUAUAUAUAACGGGAAGGACCAAAGUAUCCCAAUUCUUCCAAGAAAGCACACUGAUGUGUCCAUGACUGACGAUUAUAAAUAUAACAGGAAUAAACUGUUGCCGGAAAAGCACACCGAUGUGUCCAAGACUGACGAUUAUAUAUACAAUGGGAAUGAACAGAGUAUCCCUACUUUUCCUGGAAAGCACACCGAUGUGUCCAAGACUGACGACUAUAUAUACAACGGGAAUGAACAGAGUACCCCUACUUUUCUUGGAAAACACACCCAUGUGUCCAAGACUGGCGACUAUAUAUACAACGGCAAUAUACAGAGUGUCCCUACUUUGCCAGAAAAGCACACCGAUGUGUCCAAGACUGAUGACUAUAUAUACAACGGGAAGAAACAGAGUAUCCCUACUUUGCCUGGAAAGCACACCGACAUGUCCAAGACUGACGACUAUAUAUACAACGGGAAUGAACAGAGUACCCCUACUUUUCUUGGAAAACACACCCAUGUGUCCAAGACUGGCGACUAUAUAUACAACGGCAAUAUACAGAGUGUCCCUACUUUGCCAGAAAAGCACACCGAUGUGUCCAAGACUGAUGACUAUAUAUACAACGGGAAGAAACAGAGUAUCCCUACUUUGCCUGGAAAGCACACCGACGUGUCCAAGACUGACGACUAUAUAUACAACGGGAAUGAACAGAGUACCCCUACUUUUCUUGGAAAACAAACCCAUGUGUCCAAGACUGGCGACUAUAUAUACAACGGCAAUAUACAGAGUGUCCCUACUUUGCCAGAAAAGCACACCGAUGUGUCCAAGACUGAUGACUAUAUAUACAACGGGAAGAAACAGAGUAUCCCUACUUUGCCUGGAAAGCACACCGACGUGUCCAAGACUGACGACUAUAUAUACAACGGGAAUGAACAGAGUACCCCUACUUUUCUUGGAAAACACACCCAUGUGUCCAAGACUGGCGACUAUAUAUACAACGGCAAUAUACAGAGUGUCCCUACUUUGCCAGAAAAGCACACUGAUGUGUCCAAGACUAAUGACUAUAUAUACAACGGGAAGAAACAGAGUAUCCCUACUUUGCCUGGAAAGCACACCGAUGUGUCAAUGACUAAAGAUUAUAUAUACAACAUAAAUGAACAUAGAAAAUAAGAAGUAAAACGAAACUAAGAAAUAACGACCGUAUCAAUGGUAGGGGACUACUUUUGAUGAUCACCUCCAACAUAAAAAAUAAGAAGUAAAUUAGAUAAGUAAAACCUUUCUUGUCUAUACGUCAAUGUACAUCUAUAUAGAAUAAAUUCGUCAAUAUGAAAUGUUAGUCGGUAAUAGAUUAUAAGUAGGAGUGUGUGUUAGUGUAUAAUAUUUGUAUUAGUUAGUUUUCAAAGGCCCAUAUGUUUAGGCCAUUUUCUCAUGUAAUCUGUAUAUAAACACUAUAAUGAAUACAAUACGAUUAUGGGAAAAUAUACCAACAAUAUGGUAUCAGCGAACCCUUAAUAUUA